AUGGUUGUGGCGGAGGCCGGCGAUGAGAUGAGCCUGUCGAACAUGGUGCUGGGGUUCUACGAGGAGGCCGACCGGGAGCGGCGGCCCGAGGACGAAACCACCGUCGGCGACGGCGGCUGCAGCGACGACGAGAGGGCCGGCGGCGGCGCCGCCGCCGAGAGCAGCGCGUUCUGGGCGGAGCAGCUCUCCCAUUUGCAUGAGGUGCUGGGCAAGACGAGCUCGGCGGAGAGCCGGAUCCGGGCGGACGCGGAGGAGGCCGUCAGGCAUGCGCGGUCCGGCACCGCCACCGCGGCAGCUGGCGUCUGCUCCUCCUGCGCGACCCGCGCGACGGCCGGCGGUGGGUGCCGGGGCUGCACGCUCCGGUCCGUCGCGGCGCGGCUGCGCGACGCCGGGUACGACAGCGCCGUGUGCCGGUCCAGGUGGGCGCGCUCGGCGGAGUUCCCCGCGGGGGAGCACAGCUACGUGGACGUGGUGGUGCCGACGAGGAGCGGCAGGGCGGUGCGGGUGGUGGUGGAGCCCAGCUUCCGGGCCGAGUUCGCCAUGGCGCGCGGCGGCGCUGGGUACGGCGCGCUGGUGGCCGCGCUCCCGGAGGCGUUCGUGGGCAGGGCGGAGAAGCUGCGCGCCGUGGUCGAGGCCAUGUGCGCCGCCGCGAAGCGGUGCGCGCGGGAGAGCAGCCUGCACAUGGCGCCCUGGAGGAAGCGCCGGUACAUGGAGGCCAAGUGGCUCGGCACGCCGGACCGCCUCUUGGCAACCACCGGCGCCGGCGCGGGUGCCCCCGUGGCGCUCGGGUCCCCGGAGAGCGAGAAGCAGCGCAGGUUCAGGGCCUCCAUGCUGACGCUCGACUUCGGCGGCCGGACCGCCGUGGAGGUCGCGUGA